UCCAGAGUCGGAGGCGUCGGUGGGGGGGCGACAUGGGAGGAGCUAAAGUCUAAAGUCCAGGUGGUCCAAAAUGCGUAAAAACGCAGCGUAAAAAAAUAAAAAAAUAAAAAGAGGCAAAAACACUCGCGAAACACACCACCUCGCCGCAGCUCCCUGUUGCUGAGCUGAUUUCAGAGGAGAGAGGCGGAAAAGUGCGGCUUUUGUAUUUGCAGCGGGAGGAAGAGCCGAAACAAUCGGGCGCGUUGCGGCGGUGCUGCGCUGCGACCAAAACCAGAAAAAAGAAAGAAAAACGGGCACUGCACGGAGCGGGGUAAACUUUUUCUCUGUUGUGCCGAAUUCGACAGUUGCCUUACCUGGACAUUUGUAGCCUUUCUCUCGUCUGCGACAGGUGGAGAUAUGUUCAAGAAAGCCAAGAGUAAAGUGCUGGUGGAUUAUGCGUCAGAGGAAGACGACAUGUCCUGGCAUUAUCAUCACUCCUACAAGGACAAAGACCUGGGAGAGGAAGAGGAGGAGGACGCUGGCACUGCGAUAGCCAAGGAGGCAAAGGUGAAAAAGAUGAUGUCAAAGAAGGAGAGGAAGGAGAAAAAGAUGCUGUCCUCCAAGGAUGACGAGCAUCUGUUGCUGUCCGGGGUGAAGGUGACGGAGCGCAAAGUGUCCAACAAAAAGCUCAAGGAAGGUGAGAAGGAGAAGAAGGACAAGCCAGAGAAGGGGCACUGUUUCUGGGACAGUGUUACGAUGACGAUGAGGCAAAUCUCGCCUGCCAAAAAACUGGAGAAGAUGGAGGGCUGGGAGCCUCCACAGUUGGCGAUUGUUUCUGAGAUUGUGCCUGACGAAGCCCUCAUUGAGAAUGGUCAGAACAGGGAGUCGGCAUUGUCCCUUCCUCCCGACUCCUUAAGCGUUCCCUUGGAAAUUCCUUCGUGGGGUGGCCAGGGGUUUGAGGAGGACUCCUCUCGCUAUGCCAACCUGACGGACUCCAAUGACCCAGCAGCUGCAGUGAGGUGGACGUCCCGUGCCAAGGUCAAGCUGGCUGGCAUCAGCAGAAUGAGCAGAGGGAUUGCGUCAGAGAGCCCAUGGGCAGGAUUUAAACAGUAGCAUUGUUUUGCUCAGUAGACAAUCUGUACCAGAUUUCUGCCUCUUUCUAAUCUAACUCCAGAAGGAAAAAGCAAUGCUAGAGACUGUCACAAAAGAAAAUUAAAGAGGCAGUGCCUUAAAUUGCUCUACCAGUAGUGGCCAGUAGAUGCCAGGAUUUCUUAUUCUCCUACUUUUGUCUAUUGAGAGCAUUAAAGGGCAUACAGUGGGCCCCUCACCCCUAUCCCCAGAAUUCAAGGGUGUUUUCUGCCAGCAAAUACUCAUAAACACUUAUAACUGCCUUUUUUUAACAGUUCAAACACAAAAUAUACCUUAACAUGCAUUAAUGUGCACAGUGGAAACCAUCCUAGCACUACCACAGAGGCCAACAGCUACAGUUUUCAGCAAAUACUGAACAACAAAUAGUUGGGGGUCCACUGUGUGUCAUAAUUUUUUACAACUUUUCCUUUUUAAUUUUGUUCGCGUCUGUAUGUGAUGAAAGUUAUUUCCAUGUCUGAAGUCAGAAGUAAGUAAUUAAAAGCAGUGAAAAUAAAGAAUGCACAUACAUCUGGAGGGUCAUCAUCCAGAUGUUGGACUGGCUGUCUGUUGUAGAGAAGUAUAGCUUCAAAAGUUGUUUUGUGUCAGAAAAUGCUUAAAAAUAACAAUAGAAAUCCAAGCUGUGAUUUAUUUGUAGGUCUUCUGUUUCUUUAAUGUGGUAUUGUCCUUCAACUUUUCCCCAAAAUGGUAAGUUAAUUUUACUACAAGACAUUUUAGUCAUUAAUUGCUUUAUUCAUUCAUUUUGAGCAGUGAGGUGUUGGUUCUUCAAGAGGGACAUGAUGGUUACAGCAAAAAGAAAAAAAAAAAACUUAGCUAGCAAUCUGUUGUUAUUGGCAUCAUAUUGCCAGGAAGCUACUCUAAUCCUUAUAUAAUACAUGUAAGGUUUUUAGGUUUGAGGUAAAUGAUUUUUUUUUUUUAAAGUCUUUUGUUUGUGAAUCACUAUCAAAUGCUAAAUCUGUUGAAAUGAAAGCCUUAAUCUAUUGUAAAUUUUCCAUUUUCAUUUCUGGAAUGCGUAAUUUUUGCCAGCAAGCGAGAAGAUCAUUUCUCGCUCCAAUGAGACAAUCAAAUAUUAUGCAAGCUUGUUGUACUACUGAGAGUUUCUGUAGCUAGUUUUUACACCCUUUCUUUACAAAUACAGCAUCCUGGAACUGUCUGAAGCCUUAAUUUAAAAGCUCAGAAAUGGGUUGUGCAAUCAUAAAAAAAAAAAAAAAACAUAUUUUGAAACAACAGUGUGUGUAUGUGUGUGUCUUUGAAGUUAAGCAAAUCAAUAACCAUGUCAAAGGUGGUUGGAUAUGUUUUCUCAUCUCAAGUUCUGGAGCUGUAUUAGAGGUAGAGGUCACACCACUAGUGAUUACGCAAUGUUCCCUCACAGUAUGGAUAAAGUUGUUCACCCUUCUUUCCUCCUUGUGUCAUGUCUUUAUUUCUUCAUCAUCUGCUCUUCCCUCUUUUGCUCAUAUUCAUUUCUUACCCAUCUCUCACUUCUAUCCUUCAUUUGGCGCACUCAUGACCUGUCAAUCCUUGUGUGUUCUUUCCUUUCUAGGGUCCUUUGUUCUUUACUGAAGGUUUUUCUUGGUGCUUUAUUAAAAUGAUCAUAGAACAUCCUUUCAGUCCUUAAUAAAAAGAACAACAGUUAAGUCUUGCAAAUUUGGUAAAUCACACUUGAUCCCACAACUGAGUAAAGAACAGUGUCAUAUUUCACUUGAAUAUUUGGGAAAAUAUACAAAGCUCAACAAAGUUAAAAUGCAAACUAACAUUAAUUCAACUUAAACGUGCCUACAUAGAAUAUAAAUAUUAUACAUUUGCUUUGAGUUUCAACACAAUGGACUGACUUCAAGGACAAAUGUGGUAGAAAAUUAAGUUCAGAAUUAUUCAUUUCAUUCUUAAGAUGUUUAAACAACUUACACUCCCUGUGAUGCCUUCAGUAUAUAUUCAAUAAAAGUGCUGGGUCAUGUUUCUUGUC